AUAAGAUUAUAUUUCUUUUCGUUUGAUAAAGAGUGUUUCACAGGAUGAAGAUAUAGAUGGAAGAUAAACACCGAGAAAGUUUUAUUCAUAAAGUACUUCGUAUGGACUCUCCAACAGCAGACAAUGAGAAUGGCAGUAGUGGUGGAUCUGAAGGGGUGGAGAAAUUUGUGUUGGCAGUGGAUAUUGGUACCACCAGUUUACGAAGUCAUAUUUACAACAAACAAGGAAACAUAAAAGGGGCCAGCAGUAAAAGGAUACAACUUCUUCAUCCUCAGCCUGGAUGGUUUGAGAUGGACCCCGAUCUCCUGGUUAAACAAGUCAUAGACAGUAUCAAAGAGUCCAUUAGAGCCGCAGGAAUAUCUGUCCAUGAUGUGGCUUGUAUGGGUAUAACAACACAGAGAAACACAUUCCUAACCUGGGACAGAACAACUGGAAAACCAUUUCACAACUUCAUAACUUGGCAAGACUUGAGAUCUAGGAACAUUGUCAAAAGCUGGAAUAAUUCAUUAAGAAUGAAGGCUUUAAAUAAUGGUUCCUCAAUUCUACACAUGUUCACCAGACAGAAAAGGUUCUUGUCAGCAAGUGUACUGAAAUUCAUGUCACAGCAGGUUACAAUGAGGUUGAUCUGGGUUUUAGAAAAUGUGGAAGAGCUGAGAGCCAAGUUAGCUGUAAAUGAGGUGUGCCUAGGUUGUAUAGAAACAUGGUUGUUAUAUAAAUUGACAAAAGAAAAGCUUAUAGUGACUGACUACUCCUGUGCAAGUGGAACAGGGCUGUUUGAUCCCUACCAGUUUGAAUGGAGCACCAUUGUAUGUAACUUGUUGAACAUUCCUAUGGAAAUUUUACCUGAGAUCCGAGACACCAGUGGAGAUUUUGGAACCACAGAUCCAGCAAUAUUUGGGGCAGCCAUUCCCAUUACUGCAGUAGUUUCUGAUCAAACUGGGGCAUUGUUUGGGGAGUGCUGUUUUGAAGUUGGAGACAUCAAAUGCACCAUGGGAACAGGGACUUUUCUUGAUUUGAAUUGUGGAGACACACCUCAUGCCUCUAUUGGAGGGCUUUAUCCUAUAGUGGGUUGGAAAAUAGGAAAUGAGACAACAUUUGUAGCAGAGGGGAGCAUAACAGACACUGGCUCCAUCAUAGAAUGGGCAAAAUCAUUAGGUUUUGUGGAUGAUGUAGGAGACACAGCUAAAAUAGCGGAAAGUGUCCCAGAUAGUGACGGGGUCUAUUUUGUUGGAGCCUUCAGUGGAUUACAGGCCCCUAUUAAUGAUGAUAAAGCAGUGACUACUCUGAUUGGGUUGAAACCCACCACAACCAAAGCUCACAUAGUCCGAGCACUCCUAGAAAACUUGGCAUUCAGGGUUAAAUUACUCUAUGAAACCAUCUUAUCAGAGACCAAAAUUCCUCUGUCCCAUAUCAGGGCAGAUGGGGGUGUGUGCAAUAAUGAUUUCCUAAUGCAGAUGAUUGCAGACUUCACCAAUCAGACAAUAGAUAGAGCCAAACAGAGGGCCAACAUGACAAGUCUAGGGGCAGCAUUCCUAGCUGGGCUAGCGAAAGGGAUAUGGAAGAAUAAGUCGGAAUUGAGAGAAAUCCGUGAAUCAGAGACUGUGUUUACAGCAGAAAAAGAUGCCUGGCCAGCAUACAAGGACAGAUUUGUACAGUGGGAGAAGGCAGUCCAUCGUUCACGGGAGUGGUACAGUUAACAAAAGAAGACCUACUGCUGAACACAUUGUAAAUCCCUUACAAAUAUAUUGAAAAUCUAUGCAGUUCUUGACUAUAAAUGGGAAUAUUAUAUUAAUGAUAGUAAAAAAAACAAUAAUUUUAUGAUAGGUGUAUUUUAAAAAUUCUCAAGAAAAGUGAUAUUUUUUACUUAUAUUUUAAAAGAUAUAUUUAUUUUGCUAUAUGAUAACUACUUGUUUGC